CAGUGGGUCCAGCUGAGGGCAGCAGGGUUGAUUAAGGGACCGGAGUAUCUCUCCUGUGAGGGAAGGCUGAGAAAGCUGGGCCUGUUCAGCCACGAGGAAAGAUGGCUGAUAGGGGACCUCAUUAAUGUGUAUAAAUAUCUGAAGGAUGGGUGUCAGAGGAUGGACAAGGGUCUUCUCAGUGCUGCUGAGAAAUAGGACAAGAGGCAGACAAGGCAGAAAGUGAUGCACAGCAAGUUCCACCUGAACAUGAAAGACAACUUCUUCACUGGGCAGGUGACUGUGCACUGGAACAAGUUGCCCAGAGAGGUUGUGGAGUAUCCCUCAGUGGAGAUAUUCCAGAACCUUUUGGACAGAGUCCUGUGCCAUGUGCUCUGGGAUGACCCUGCUCUAGCAGCAAGGUUGGACCAUAUGAGCCACAGCGGUCCCUCCCAGCCUGACCCACUGCGUGACUCUGUGAAUGCAGCUGGUCACUGGUGUCCAUGCAGUGUCCACUACAGCAUGAGAAGGACCCUCCCAAUCACUGCUCUGUUUAUCAGGUCUUUGAAAACGUGGCGAAGAAAUACGAUGUAAUGAAUGAUUCAAUGACCCUAGGAAUUCAUCGGGUGUGGAAGGAUAUCCUCGUGCAUAAAAUGAACCCUUGCCCAGGAACACUCCUCCUGGAUGUUGCUGGGGGAACAGGUGACAUUGCCUUUCGAUUCAUUAAUUAUGUUCGCUCUGUACGACAACGCCAGCUCCAGAGGAAGCUCAAGCACCAUCAGAAUUUGUCAUGGCAGGAAAUUUUUGAGAGUUACCAGAAAGACGAAUUUAACUCACUAGGGAAUUCCCAAGUGGUGGUCUGUGACAUCAACAGGGAAAUGUUAGAAGUUGGGAAACAGAAAGCACAGCAUCUUGGCUACUCUGAAGGCUUGUCCUGGGUACUUGGGAAUGCUGAAGAGUUGCCCUUUGAUGAUGAUAAAUUUGAUGUUUACACAAUUGCCUUUGGAAUCCGAAAUGUAACUCGUAUUGAUUUGGCACUUCAAGAGGCCUAUCGUGUGCUGAAGCCAGGAGGAAGAUUUCUCUGCCUUGAAUUUAGUCACGUCAGCAACCCUCUUCUUUCCAGGCUCUAUGAUCUCUACAGUUUCCAGGUUAUCCCUGUUCUGGGUGAGGUUAUUGCUGGUGACUGGAGGUCUUACCAGUAUCUUGUGGAGAGCAUCCGACAGUUCCCCCCUCAGGAGGAACUGAAGGCAAUGAUAGAAGAUGCAGGCUUUUUCAAAGUGGAUUAUGAGAAUUUAAACUUUGGCAUUGUUGCCAUUCACUCAGGUUUCAAACUGUGAGUCUGUGUAGCAAAACACCAAAGUAUAAUUUUCAUGAGGGAUAUGAAAGCUGUGGAAUUUUCAUGAUACCAAGAGGAAUUCUAAGAAUUUGUGCAGCAGAUACUUGCUCAGCAGCCAGACUCAGAAGAAUACAAGUUACCUCUCCCCACCUGUGGGGUGACUCCAGUGGUGCUUCUUACACUUGCAUUUCCCUUCAAGUGUAAAGGAUAUGACCAAAACUGAGCAAUGCUAACAAGUGAAGCAAGUUGGCAGUGGGUGUGGAUACAGUAAUAGACUGAUUAGUCUCCAAAUAAGAUGCCUUCCUUUUUACUAACCUUUAAGGAGGAUAUUAUACUUGUGAGAAGUAACUUGGAUUUAUGAACUAUGAACUUUUAUGAAGCUGUUAUUAUCUUUGUCAUGUGAAGUUUAAGGAUUUUUUCCCAUGACUCCUUUACUUCUUUCAAAGGCAAAUGGAAGGCUUAUGAAAUAAAAGGGCUCUGCAGCAACUUUUUUCCACUUAA